AUGCGACAUAUUCCUUGUCAGUCUUCUCUUCCGAACCUAUUUCCUUCACACAAAGGAGCGGAUCGCAGUUAUGCUCCAGAGGCUACUGUUACUGCGUAGACCUCAAUUUCACCAUGCAAUUUCAAUAAGACACGCUGUUCGGCCUCCUGUCGCUAUCAGUCAAGCCCUCAAGCAGCCCCAACUCCGUCGAAAUCUCCAGUCCGCGCAGUUCUCCCCUCUCGUUCCACCCGAUCCUUCGAAGCUCCCAAAACCCAAGCCGAAGAAAGUACCAAACCCAAAGCGCUCUGCUCAGCGUCGAAAAUGGCGACGACGCCUCCUAUACACAGCAGCGUUCAUUGGCGCGGUGUACGUCAUCGAUAGACAAUAUUACGCCUCUGCGAUCGGUCGCACUGUUCGCACAUUCUACACCGGUCUAUAUGUCGGCAUCGACUACAAGAUCAACUUCCGUCCCAAUCCUCCAUUCGCAGGCUCCAUCGCCGACGUUCACAGGCGGAAUGCUGAGCGCAUGUUCAACUUGCUACGGGAAAAUGGAGGUCUAUACUUGAAGAUUGGCCAGGCUAUUGCCAUGCAGAGCGCAGUGCUUCCACCUGAGUUUCAGAAAAUGUUUGCGAAGAUGUUCGACGACGCGCCACAGAACGACUGGAAGGACGUAGAGCGUGUUAUUCGGGAGGACUUUGGUGGAAAGAGUGUAGAGGAGGUAUUUGGAGUCAGCUUCACUGGCGAACCGGGCAAAGGAGUCAUGGAGAGGACUGCAAGAGCUAGUGCGAGUGUUGCGCAGGUCCAUUGGGCCCGUCUCGCCGAUGGCAGAGAAGUAGCCAUCAAGGUCCAGAAAGAAGAAAUCAUGAAGCAAGUCGGGUGGGAUCUGUGGUCAUUCAAAGUCGUCGCGCGUAUCUACUCCUGGUGGUUCGAUAUACCGUUCUACAGCGUAGUUCCAUACGUCACGGAACGAUUAAUGCUCGAGACCGACUUCGAAAAUGAGGCAAACAACGCGUCUAUGAUGCGUGGAUACGUCCAAGGAGAGCCAAGACUCCGAAAUCGGGUGUACAUCCCCAAGGUCUACACCGAGCUCUCCUCAAAACGUGUAAUGACUGCGGAAUGGAUCGAGGGAAUACGACUGUGGGAUAAAGAAGGCAUCACUGGCACGUGGAAGGGCGGGUGGGGCAAAGGCUCACCCGGCUGUAAUGGUCAGCCCCUAGGCCCUCCUCCUCCUCCUGCAGACACAAUCACUCGCAUACCGAACAACGACCCGAACAAAGAGAAGCUCAAACCAGAGCGCACAGCAUGGAGAGGCAAAGACGGCUCCGGCGGGCUCGGGCUCUCUCUAAAGUCCGUCAUGACAACCAUGGUCGACCUCUUCAGCGCGCAAAUGUUCCUCUGGGGCGCCGUCCACUGCGAUCCGCAUCCAGGCAACAUUUUCGUGCGUCGCUUGCCAGGUGGUAAACCGGAACUCGUGCUCAUCGACCACGGUCUCUACAUCACGAUGCGACCUGAAUUCCGACACCAAUACGCCCUCCUCUGGAAGUCCCUCCUCGCGUUCGACAACAAGACCAUGCAAGACGUCGUUUCGCAAUGGGGCAUCACAGGCACCGGCAAAGAAAUGUUCGCCAGCGCAACUCUCAUGCGGCCUUACGAGGGCGGCGACAACCAGAUGAAGCGCGACCUGCGCGAACUCAGCAAACUCGACGAGCGAGAGCGACAGUACGAGAUGCAACGCAAGAUGCGCGAAAACGUGCGCAGCUUCCUCUCCGACGACACCAAGCUGCCGAUGGAACUGCUCUUCAUCGGGCGCAACCUGCGCAUCGUGCAGGGCAACAACCAGUUCCUGGGCUCGCCGGUCAACAGGAUCAAGAUCACGGGGCUGUGGGCAUCGCGGGCGCUGGCCGAGGACUCGACGCUGCCGUUGACGCAGCGCAUCAAGUUCUGGGUGCGCCACCUGACGUUCAGGAUGGUGCUGCUGGGGAGCGACGUUGUGUGGUGGUAUGCGCGCAUCAGACAGCUGGCCGGGCUGGGCAAGGGCAUGGACGACGAGAUUGAGGAGCGCAUGCGGACGAUGGCGAAGGACUAUGGCGUCGAGCUAAACCACGGCGUGUUUGACGGAUGAGCGGCAGCGAGGAGGAGGGAUAGAGGGUGCGCUGUUGUAUGUAUAUAGUGCUAGUGAGCCCAUGGUCGCAGUCGACUAUACUGUGUAUAGGUGUAUGUACUGUAUGUACUACUAAUUGCUACUUGUAUGUAUAUUCCCAAUCGAACCGCUCAU